GUGUGUGGUUGCUUUAAGUCGUAUGUGAAUGUGCAUGAAGUGGGCGUUCCGUACUGCUUCUCCUCUACAGGCUGCAAUGACACUUAUUACGCAGUCCAAUAUGAGUCACUAAAAUAUGUCGGAUCCAUGUCUUCGUAGAGGAUCUUCAGAAUCGGAAAGGACGAACAAAGCGAAUAAAGCGAUAUUUUUGUCGUUUGAUUCGAAACGGCAGUGGAUGGAAGAACACCACUAACAAUCAGCGGAGAUGGCGUUUAUGUCUAGAUUCUCCCGAUCUCGAAGCAAUUCAAGGUCUCCUAGCAGAAGGGAUUCAGAAAAAGGGUGUCCUGUAUUGAGCAUCGCUGAACUUGAACGUCUCCUGUACACUGGAAAAACAGCUUGUAAUCAUGCCGACGAGGUUUGGCCGAGACUCUACAUUGGAGACCAGGACAUUGCGUCAAACCGCCAGGAACUUAUAAAGCUUGGGAUCACACACAUCCUCAACUGUGCACAGAGCAAAUGGCGAGGUGGUGCGGAGUACUAUGAGGGAAUGAAUAUCACCUACCAUGGUAUCGAGGCCCAUGACUCUCCCUCUUUCGAUAUGAGUGUCAACUUCUACCCUGCUGCAGAAUUCAUUCACAAAGCUCUCAGCAUGGGAGGAACAGUGCUUGUGCACUGUGCAGUAGGGGUGAGUCGCUCAGCAACUCUGGUGCUGGCUUACCUUAUGAUUCGACAGAACAUGACCCUAGUAGAAGCCAUUAAGACGGUCAAGGACCACCGAGGUGUCACCCCCAACCGAGGCUUCCUCCGGCAGCUCAGUGGCCUAGACAGCAUUCUUCGCGCCAGUCGAAAGACAACCUAAAACCACCGGUAAACUCUGGACUCCCAGUACAAACUCAUUGCAUAGGUCAAUGUGUGUACAUGUAGUACCAUCAUUCACACUGUUGUUCUGUGAUCAGUAGAAAUGCCUUACUACAUUAAGACCUCUUGAGGUGUGCAUACUGCCUUAUUCAGCAUUAACCCUAACAUUUUGUUCAAAUGACCAGAUCACUGAGCUUCUUUAACCAGUUUGGUUUCACUUUUCUUGAAGUGGGCUUGCAUAAGUAUUUACCCCCAUUGAAGUUCUCCACAGUGUUACAACCUAGAAGUAAAAUGAACUAAAUUGGGAUUAUUGUCAUGAAUCUACACAAAGUAGCCCAUUUAAGUCACAAGGGAAUCAACAUAAUUGAUCAAAGUUGUAAAAGUUGUGAGUGCGUAAAUAUUCACCUCAUUGCUGUGAAACUAGUUGCCAGCAGAAGUAGCAUUAUUAGUUGAAUGGAGUUGACUUGUGUGCAAUUAAAUCGUCACAUGAUCUCAAUGCCUGGAAGACACCAGAGUUUGCUAGAGAACAUAUCUAAACAAACAGCAUCACAAUGACAAGGAACUAUAAAACAUUUUCAAGACAAAAUUCUGGAAUAUCAUCAAUUAGGGUUUGGUUAUAUCAAGAAUAUCGCACAGCUAUGACUCUAGAGGUCUCUAGAGGAGGCCGUUCACAGAAUUAGUCAGAGAAGCAACCGAGUGGCCAAUAAAAAGUUCAAUAAAGGUGAAUACUUAUACAAGUCUCUGUAAGUCAAAUUCCAAAGCAAACAAGAAACAGUGAAUGAAUUAUUGGUGCAUAUUUAACUAUACAUUGCCUUCCAAAAUAUUGGCACCCUUGGUAAAUAUGAGCAAAGAAGGCUGUGAAAAAUUAUCUUUAUUGUUAACCUUUUGAUCUUUUGUUAAAAAGAAUUCACAAAAAUACUCUGCUCUCAUG